UCGUCUAUAUAUUCCCCAUCGAAACCCUAAUUGGUCUUUCGAGCUCUUCACCGCCUUCUCAGUCGGACUUCAAGCACCAGGACGCUACCGAAGAAAAUCAGCCAUGGGUAAGGUUCACGGAUCUUUAGCUCGUGCUGGGAAGGUGAGAGGUCAAACUCCGAAAGUAGCGAAGCAGGACAAGAAGAAAAAGCCCCGGGGACGCGCACACAAGCGUAUGCAAUACAACCGCAGAUUCGUCACUGCCGUUGUUGGCUUUGGAAAGAAGAGAGGACCCAACUCUUCCGAGAAGUAAACAAACAGCGAUUUCAUUGGGUGCUUUGCCGCUGGAGAUGCAUGGUUUUAUGCGUUAUUAAGCAUUUUCUUUCUUUUUCUAAUAGAUGUUUUAGUUGUUUAAGCUUUUUUGACCAUGUAAAAGAUAUUUAUUUUGGCAAUAUAUUAGAAGCAAUGCGAUUUGGAUCUGAAUUUUA